AUGAAUAAACAGCGGCUCAUGGAUUUAGAGCUAAAGGUUAACACACUUAUUGAAGAAGAUGGGAAGUGGAAUGAGUAUAAGAUCAACGAGUUGUUUCCUCCAGCAGAUGUCAAGCGAAUCAAGGAUCUACCAACUGGCAGUGUAAAUGAUCAACCACCAAAAACAGCAAGAGAACAUCUACACAUUGAAUUGAAAAAUUGGAUCUGGACAAGCCCCAGAUCCCCCAAGAUCCGUAUGUUCUUCUGGAGAGCUAUAUCUGGUGCUUUGACAGUCUCAGAUAGACUAAGAACAAGAGGCAUAAACAUAGACACUACAUGUCAUCUGUGUCAGCAAGGUACCGAGUCGAUAUGUCAUAUCUUGUUCAAUUGUCCCACAGCUUUACACUUGUUGUCUGAAGUGGAUUUUAAGCUACCUACCAAUGGUUUCUCCAUGUCUCUGGAAGAAAACAUGUCCUAUGUUUUGGAUCUUAUGGAAGACCACUCCAUCCCUUUAACCACAAGGCGGGCCAUACCCUGGUUUUACUGGAAUAUCUGGAAGAAUCGAAAUGCCAUCUUGUAUUCCGGAACCCAGGAGCCAAGUUCUAUCAUUAUGAACAGAGCUGUAGAAGAAGCUGAGAUCUGGGCAGAAGUUAACAAAUCAGAGCCACAACAACCUAUAGUCAGAACCGCUGGCAUUUGUCUAGAUAACCGAUGGCACCCUCCAUAUCAUGAGAUGCUAAAAUGCAACCUACACGCCAACUGGAGAAACUCAGAACUGCAUAGUGGAGGAGCUUGGAUUGCAAGGGACCAUCGAGGGAACGUCCGUUUUCACGCCCGAGAAGCUUUCACCAACUCUCCUAAUCGUAUGAUUGCAGAACUCAGAUGCAUCACGUGGGCUAUGCAAAGUCUCGCUGAUCUUCGCAUUAAGGAAGUAGUUAUUGCUUCAGAUCACCCUGCUGUCAUAGAAGCAAUUCUGAAACCAACGCUCUGGCCGCGCCUCCGAUCCUUCACGGGAUACAUAAACAGGCUGCGUGGAACUUUCAACAUAUGCGACAUGGAGCUAGAGCAUCCAAAAGGCAACUCCAUCGCCAGAGACAUCUCCAAGAGUGUUACUAGGGAAGGACGAUUUCAAUCAUAUCUGGCAAUGGGGGAACCCUCUUGGUUACAUGAUCGGCUGCAACGAGAAUCUCGCACAGACAUCUAA